AUAGUCACCACACCAAAGUUGACAUUGCCAAACUGUUUGUGUGUGAUUGCAUGUGGUUGGGUCAAACUUAGGGUGGUUAAACUAGCAUAAAUCUUGAACAAUACAUGUCCUUAACAAAUGCACGGAUUAAUACUACUAAUAUGUUCAGUUUUUGUGACGCAAGUGGUGUGUAUAUUUUUGUGUGUGGCAACAGACUGUUUUGAACAGAAAAAACACUUUGACUGGAGUAGUUUACAAGAAUGACCCUACCAUAAUGGCUUGGGAGCUUAUGAAUGAGCCCAGGUGCCCCUCAGAUCCAUCUGGAUCCACCAUUCAGUCAUGGAUAGAGGAAAUGGCCAAAUAUUUGAAGUCAAUAGACACUAACCAUCUGGUAGAAGCUGGUUUGGAAGGAUUCUAUGGCCAAUCAUCUCCCCGCAGCAACAAUCUGAACCUCAGCCUCAACGUCGGGACGGAUUUCAUCUCUAACAAUCGGAUCUCCGCCAUUGAUUUUGCAACCACCCACGUCUAUCCAGAUCAAUGGCUGUCGAGCUCGAACGACGAAGCCCAACGGGCAUUCCUCGAUAGCUGGCUAGAUUCCCACAUCCGGGACUCACAGAUCGCGCUGAGGAAGCCGCUGCUCGUCUCGGAAUUCGGGAAAUCCCUCAAGGACGCGGCGUUCACCUCCGAUCAGAGGGACGCUCUCUACAGCGCCGUGUUCUACAAGAUAUAUUCCUCCGCCAAACGCGGCGGAGCCGCCGCCGGGGGGCUAUUCUGGCAGCUGUUUGCCGAGGGGAUGGAGAACUUCGGGGAUGGGUACGAGAUUGUGCUGAGCCGGAGGAGUCCGUCUGCGAAUCUGAUCGCUCAGCAGGCACACAAGCUUGGCCAGAUCCGGAAGAUCUUGGCCAGGAUGACGGAGACUCGGCGGCGGCGGCGGCAGAGAGGAGGAGCUUCCGGUCGCGGCAAGGGGAAGCGAAUUGGAAACUGAUCCGUAGUACUGUAGUUGUACGAUUUUGAAGUGGUAAAUUUUCCGCGAAAAUGUUUUUAGUAAUUUUCAAAAUCUACCCCAUAAGAAUGAAUAUUAGGAACUCAAAACAAGACAAAAUACGGAGUAUUAAAUUUUUAAAAUUCAUUUUAGUAAUAUAAAAAUAAAAAUUGGAUGCUUAU